GUUCCGGGCAGAGGUGCGGUCUGCGCUGGAUGCGCCGGUCAUUGACGCCGUUGAAUCAAGCCCGCUGAUCCGCAAGGCGUGAGAGGCGGUAAUAUAAAAAGUGCAGUUCGCUUUUUGUCUUCGUUCAAUCUCCAGAUUUUUUUCUUCUCCCUCUUAACACCAGUCACAUACAUCUUUUAUUCAAUUCAAAUGACGACCGACGUUCUGGGUAUUUCGUUUGCGGCAUUUGUUGCGGUUGGCGGCAUUAUCGGCGCAGUCAAGGCGGGCAGCACGCAGUCGCUGGUGUACGGCGUGGUGUUUGGACUGCUUAUCGGCGUGACCUCGCACAUAGCAUCCACCAGCACGUCUCCUCUGGCGACACUGGCGCCGCUGCUCUCAUGCCUUGCACUGGGCAUAAUCAUGGGACGGCGGUACAGCGAGACGCAGAAGUUUAUGCCCGGCGGGCUAAUCUCCCUGACGAGCCUCCUGAUGACCCUGCGUUUCGCGGCCAAGUACGUUCUGUGAAGUGAAACAAAAAUAAAGGGGGGUUUAUUUCCUUUGGUUGAUGUUGUAGAGGUCCUGGCCAGGUGACCGGCUUCAACUGCAUAGC